ACAUAAAAACAAUAAAAGAUAUUUUGAAAAAUGCGGUAUACAAAAUUUCUUUGGGAUUUUAUGGCCCGUGAUUCGAAUUAAAAAACAUUUUUGUCGCCUCGUCUUGAACAGAUGACAACCAGCCAAUUCGACCAACAGUUUAUGACUCGCUUAAUCCACUUGUAAGCAAUCAACAUCAACAACACCAACAACGACAACAAUUUCCAAACAGUUUGACGAACUCACAAACCGGGAAUCUUAACCCAAAGAGCAGAGGGUUUCUGGAAAGUGGAAAUAGCAUUGAACAAGACCAUAAUUCAACAGGGUUUUAUUGUAACAUUAGUGAUCCAGUUAAUGAUAGUAACAACCCAAACUCCCAGCUUCAAACCAUGUCGAAUCAACUUACAAUGUACAAUAAUAGCAUGAAUGGAAAUAUACACGGAAAUCAUGCACAAAACGCUAUUCAAUCCCAAAUUGAAACGCCUGAAAUUGGCUUAGCAUUGGAUGAUUUAAACUCGCAAAACCCUCCAGCCAAUAAGCGACCAAGAGUUCAACAAACUCUCGAAGAAAAUGAAAGACAUUUAAUGUACAGCAAGGUUUUAACGACGAGUGUUAAUAAUAUCAAACAGAGUCAUUUUUCAUACGGGGGUUCGGAAUUGCAAUAUAACGAGAACAAUCACGGGCGAAAUAACUUCAGUGGUCAAAGAGACGCUGGUUCGCGUGACGGAUUGUUCGAUGGAGCAAUUUUCCGAAAUGAAGUGAUUCAGAAGAAGAAUAAAGGAAGUGUUUUGGAUUGUGUGGAGAAGGUCCCCCCUUUGAAAAGCAGAGUGGAGGUGAAAACUGGAGCUGCAGCUGUCAAAAACAGAGAGGUCUACAAUGGACAUGUCCAUGAUCAUGGACCCGGCCAUGACGGGAGCAGAAGGCGUGUGCUGAUUGUGCCCCACAACAAGCUGGACGAGGGCGUGUCAGAAGUGAAGUUUUGGUACCCAUGGCUCAAAUCACAAAUACACAAAAAGGCCAACAUUGAGUGCCAAGUUUGCGACAUGCCAGAUCCACAUCUCGGCCGCGAGGUGUUCUGGAUUCCGCAUUUAUCUGAAGACCUUCACGUUGACAGACACUGUGUGUUGAUUGGACACGGCUUAGGAGCCAGCUGCGCUUUGAGAUGGGCGGAGGAUAAUGAGGUUGCAGCUGUGGUGUUAAUAGACGGAGGAUACCAACAUCACGAAGAUGCUCACUUGAAGGCCGCAUACUACUUUGAUCGCGAUUGGGACUGGGAUCAAAUCAGAGCCAACUGUCCCCAUAUUCUGGCAUACACAUCUCACUACCCCCCGUCACAAUUAACCCCCUCAAAUCAGCCAGGAGGGGGAGGGGUAGAUGAACAUUUAAACAGUGGUGGUGAAACUAACGAUGAUCUGAGAGACCCGAAAUGUGAAAUCCAAAAUUUGGAUGAUUUGUUAAACGAACAGCAGAUAGCCCCCUUUGAGGAUCAACAGUGGCUGUGUGAUCAGCUAGGGGUGAAUUUGCAGUACUUACAAGGAAGUAGCUUCAAAAUAUCCCUCGAAGAAACUUUGGACGAAGUUUUGAACUUUAUUGAACGAUCAAAUGUUGAGAAUUAG